AUGGGAGCUGCACCAAGCGCGGAAAUACUUCGCGAGGCACCAUUUCGUCCGGCGCGUAACGACUCCGCUCGCGUGAUAUCACUGAUUCCCAUGACAAGGGAGUUUUUUCCUUCACCCGACUCACUGAUCUUUGGGCAGCUCUAUGACUCGCGCUGCGAUCCAUAUGUGCGUUACUACAUGCGGCGGGAUGAAGAUACGGACAUCCGGUUGGACGUGAUCCCUCGUAUUGAAUUCACCAGGGACGAAUACUACGAGAAAUGUAUGGAACUCUCCAAAUCGUGUCAACCCUGUGAGACGAACAAGGAUCUGCGUCAGAAAUACAUUGCAGAACCGUCGCAACAACACCUAUUGCGUCCUAUUCCCUGUGCUGUAGCCUUUCUUUACAAUGAUCGACGGGACGCGCCGGAGGGCUCUGUGCCGUUGGGUGGUGCCUAUGUCACAGUCAUUGGCGGCAUUGGAUGCGAACUGAAGGAAUCGGACGCAAGCUCGGAAGCAAUGAGGUUGGACCUGAUGAUAUUUCUUCGCAGGUCGGCAGGGGAUCACAACAUGGUACGUGCCAUGCUAUUAGCCUCAUGGCUAUUCUACACGCAAUGCAUCGAUAUCUGCAAGUUGCCUUGUGUUCCAAUGCUUCCCGUUACUUUCCGUGCGUUAAAGACGAAUAUCCCAUUUCUUUGUUUUUUGCGCGAAAUGCGGAGUCGUGUAGGUAUUCUGAAUGAAAACACCGUUGAACACUGCAUGUGGAUUGAUGGUGCUUUCAUUUGUGGCUUUAUCACUGCUGAACAUGCAGUAGAGUUAUGUGAGGCGUUUGCAGAACAGUACCGAACCCAAGUUGAAUUCAAGUCCAGUUCAAAGCUCGGCAUCAAACCUCUACCAGUGACGAGUCGAACCACUAACUCCCCGACCAGCAGCGAAGUUGCCAGCAGCGUUGGUACGGAAGAAACAAGCUCUGCGUGUCGCGGUUUGACCCUCUCACGCCUUCACAAGCAGUUUUUUAAUCUUGCUGGAUUUAUAGAAAAUGAUGAGUUUAUCAUUCCCGCAUCGACGCACAGCUCAAAUGAAGUGUAUGUUGUGUGCGUGGAUGCAUUGGUGCGCGUUGAGCAGUGUGAGGACGCUGCAACCAGCGAUGCCGGCGGUAAGGAUGGCUCAGACGCUUCGCUGUUGAAGGUGAGACGCGGGGACAUCAUUCGCUUUGUGCCGGAGGCCAUUGAGAGUCAGCAUACACCGGGCCUCGCUGCUGGGGGUACCGCCAAGGGAGCCACCGAAGAGGCGGGCGUCACCACUGAGGUUGUUGAGGACGCAGAUAUAUUUCAUUCUAAGCGUGGCAGGUGGCAGGUGGACCCCGUCAUUCACUUGGAGAAUGUCCUGCUUUCUUUCGUGCACGAGGAGUGCAAAAGUGCCCGCGAGGCACAACCCGAUGACCCGCAUUGGCUACGGGACAAGGAAACCGGUGAGCCUGUCUCCGAUGGCGGCUUUCGUAUUUGGUGCUUUGAACGCAAAGGGGUGAGGUACUUUUACGGCACAGUGCCGAGGUUUGCAAACGCGUUUAGGAAUCGAAGCGAGCCGGCAAGGCGUGGUGCCUCCCACGCGGAGGCGGGGGCGGGUGGUCAGGCAGCUGGAGAAGGGAGGGCGCCGCAGCGUAAAGGCACCUCCAGGACGAAGUUAUCCGGAAAGGGUGGAUCGCAGGCUCAUUUGGCACGCGACAAGGGAAUGAGGUUGGGCUACUAUAAGGACGCUGGUAAGGCGCAGUUUGAAGUGGCACGGCGGAUGCCUUUAAUGAUAAUGAAUGACAUGAACCAGGGAGCCGUGUGUCCAUUUUACCCUUCCAUGGCGCCAUUUGCCCCCGUGCAGGCGCAAUACCCGGAGUCGCCGCCACUCAUGAUGAUGUCACCUGCGUUGACCUACGGCUCAUUGCCGGCUGCUUCGCCAAGAGAACCGUCGGAAUCUUGUGAUGGUGGCAUCCAAAGUAACGUGGGUGUUUUCAAUGCCAUGGAUGCAUCAUCUCCUGUACCCUGUGUACCGAUGGUGCAAUCCAUGGGCGUGUCAUCUGCGCCACCUGUCCAGUACGUUCCAUACGCACAGCCGAUGCCGUCAGCAAUGCAGCCGAUGCAAAAUGCAUACUAUUGUGUAUAUCCUACCAUGGGUCAUACGGGUAUGCAGUCUGUGCAGCAGUUUUCCUACGUGCCUGCGCAAGUGCCUCAGCGACCUGACGGAAAUCCCCUCUUUAUAGUACGACAAUGA